GCGGCGGCGGGGAGGAGGGGGAGCGCGGGGACUUCGAGCUCUUCCGCAGCGGCUCGGCGCCGCCCACGGUGGAGGGGGCCAUGGCCAUGGCGUCCGGCGGCGGCGGCGAGGUGCUGCUGGACGACGAGCUGCGCGCCGACCCGGCCUACCAGAGCUACUACUACUCCAAUGCGCACCUCAACCCGCGCCUCCCGCCGCCGCUGCUCUCCAAGGAGGACUGGCGGUCCGCGCAGCACCGCCUCCGCUCCUCCUCCUCCUCCUCCGCCGGGCUCGGCGGGAUCGGCGACGGCCGGAGGGCGCCCGGGGACGGGCUCGUCGGCCUGCCCGGGAUCGACCACACCCGCCAGCGGGCCUUCUCCGGCAUCUUCCAGGAGGACUCGAAUCAACGUGACAUGGAUAGACAGGGUGCCAACCACAACCGCAAUGACUUCCUGGAUUCUUCUGGAAUGCAGUAUGCUCUACAUCGCGAGACUGGAGCUAUGAGCGGCCUGCAGCGUGAGAGCAAUGAACAGACCAUGGCUGAUAUUCGGAACAAUGAGUUGUCAUCACAUGCAUAUGCGUCUAUUCUGGGACCCUCACUCUCUAGAAGUGCAUCCCCAGACCCUGAGCUGGUGAGGAGGGUACCUAGUCCGUGCCUGCCUCCAAUUGGUGUGAAAGUCGGCGCUUAUGAUAAAAAGAGUAAUGGUGGCUCCUCUUCUUUCCGCCGCAGUUCAUCUGCUGUUGGUGAACCUGAUGAUCUGGUGGCUGCUCUAUCUGGGAUGAACCUGUCAUCGUCGAGAGCUGGUAAUGGGCAAGCUAUGGACCAGUCUAAGCUCUACCAGGAUGUUGAUAAUGCCAAUAGGUUCCUUUUUGAUCAAACAAGUGGCAAUCAGCAGCACUCCUUCAUGAAACGUCCCGAGCAAGGACAUUUUAGGGCACCUGAGGGGUAUUCGGCUAAUUCUUCUAUGAUGAGAAAUCAGAUGAAUGGUGGUAACUUCACAUCAUCUGACAAUUCCUUAGUUGGAUCCGGCUAUGCUUCGCCUAGGAUUGGCGCAAGGUCCCCAGGAGGCACUUUAUCUUCUAGGCAAAAUUUAGCUGGUGCAUCCAACUACCUAGGUUACAAUGGAGUUGGAAGUCCGACUGGAGCAGCUUCUCUUCAAAUGCCUAUCGAUCCGUUAUAUGUUCAAUACCUUGCUGCCCAAGUUGCAGCCAGCUAUGAUGAUCCUUUCAUGGCCAGUGGACAUCUAGGAAGUUCAUACAUGGAUUUACUUGGUCCUCAGAAGGGUUGCCUUAGCCCACUGCUUCAGUCACAGAAGAACUAUGGCUGCUAUGGAAAUCCUGGGUUUGGCCUUGGUUAUGGCGGUAGCCCUUUGACGAGUCCUGUUCUGCCCUCUUCACCUGUUGCAUCUGGUAGCCCACUUAGGCACGGUGAACGCAGCAUGCGCUUUGCAUCAGGCAUGAGAAAUUUUGGGGGUUCUUUUGGUUCGUGGAAUCCAGACCUGGUUGGAAAGAUGGAAGGAAAUCUGAUGCCCUCGCUUCUGGAGGAAUUCAAGAGCAACAAAAGCAGAACUUAUGAACUCUCUGAAAUAGCUGGGCAUGUCGUUGAGUUCAGUGCUGAUCAAUAUGGGAGCCGAUUCAUACAGCAAAAGCUUGAAACAGCUAGUACUGAAGAGAAGGACAUGGUUUUUUCAGAAAUUAUGCCUCAAGCUCUCACAUUGAUGACUGAUGUAUUUGGAAAUUAUGUCGUUCAGAAGUUUUUUGAGCAUGGAAGCACUACUCAGAUAAAGGAACUCUCUGAUCAGCUUAUUGGGCGUGUCCUUGCUCUUAGUCUUCAGAUGUAUGGAUGUCGGGUUAUACAAAAGGCUAUAGAGGUUGUGGAUUUAGCUCAGCAGACUAAAAUGGUUGCUGAGUUGGAUGGGCAUAUCAUGCGCUGUGUACGUGAUCAAAAUGGUAACCAUGUAAUACAGAAAUGCAUAGAGUGCAUCCCUCAGGACGUUAUCCAGUUCAUUGUCUCAACAUUCUAUGGUCAAGUUGUGCUGCUAUCCACUCAUCCCUAUGGUUGUCGGGUUAUACAGAGGGUGCUGGAGCACUGUGAUGAUCCCACAACACAGCAGAUAAUGAUGGAUGAGAUUCUGCAGUCUGUUUGCUUGCUGGCUCAAGAUCAAUAUGGUAACUAUGUUGUUCAGCAUGUUCUGGAACAUGGCAAGCCACAUGAGAGAACUGCUAUCAUUGACAAGUUAAUUGGGCAGAUUGUGCAAAUGAGCCAGCAAAAGUUUGCUUCAAAUGUCAUUGAGAAGUGCUUAGCUUUUGGUAACCCUGUAGAGCGGCAGAUCUUGAUUGGUGAAAUGCUUGAGUCUACUACUGAAAGUGAACCUCUUGAGGUGAUGAUGAAAGAUCAGUUUGCAAACUAUGUGGUGCAGAAGGUGUUGGAGACUUGUGAUGACCAGCAGAGAGAGAUGAUCCUUACAAGGAUCAAAGCUCACCUGAACACACUGAAGAAAUACACCUAUGGGAAGCACAUAGUCGCGCGUGUAGAGAAGCUAGUUGCUGCUGGAGAGAAGCGCCAGGGGCUUCAACCAGCAUGCACCGCCGCCUGAAGGCGGGGACUAUGCAGUUGUACAGCUAACAGUGGCUAGGUUUGCGCUCGCGUUUCCCCCCAACAACCGAAAACCCUAUAAGAUCGACUAGUAAUGGUACCGGCAUGAAUAAGAUACAAAUCUUGGUUGCACUGGAGAGAGUGUACAUUCUGUAGCUGAGGAAGCAAAGACUAAUCUGAGAGACUAAGCUGUAAAGAGGAGGAAGAGGGUGGAGUAUGUUUGAACAUGUUACUCUGCUCACUGUACAAAUUUAGCACUAGAGAAGAGAAGAGAGUGAGAAAGCUGUUAGCUGUCGUAAAAAUGUCCGAGUUGAGAGCCGCUACUUUUUUAGUUAUCCUGUUGUGUGUCUCGUGUCGAUAGAAGCAAACAAACCAUGAUGAUGGCUUGCUGUUGUUGUAAGAUAAAACUCUUUUCUGCAGUUUAAGCUGAAGUUAUUAGUAUCAGCUUUGCUGAACCGUUGAACAGUUCCCUUGUAUUGAUGGAGUGUGCCUUCUGUAUUCUAAUCCAGGAUGAUGAUAUGCAUGAGUUAGUUUAUGUUCUUGUAA